AUGAUUGGGGAUGUGCUGGUAUGGGGGGUGGUAUGGCUGGGGAUGUGCUGGUAUGGGGGAUGGUAUGGCUGGCGAUGUGCUGGUAUGGGGGAUGGUAUGGCUGGGGAUGUGCAGGUAUGGGGGAUGGUAUGGCUGGGGAUGUGCUGGAACGGUGAAUGGUAUGGCUGGGGAUGUGCUGGUAUGGGGGAUGGUAUGGCUGGGGAUGUGCUGGUACGGGGGAUGGUAUGGCUGGGGAUGUGCUGGUAUGGGGGAUGGUAUGGCUGGGGAUGUGCUGGUAUGGGGGAUGGUAUGGCUGGGGAUGUUCUGGUACGGUGGAUGGUAUGGCUGGGGAUGUGCUGGUACGGGGGAUGGUAUGGCUGGGGAUGUGCUGGUACGGGGGAUGGUAUGGCUGGGGAUGUGCUGGUACAGGGGAUGGUGUGGCUGGGGAUGUGCUGGUAUGGGGGAUGGUAUGGCUGGGGAUGUGCUGGUAUGGGGGAUGGUAUGGCUGGGGAUGUGAUGGUACAGGGGAUGGUAUGGCUGGGGAUGUGCUGGUAUGGGGGAUGGUAUGGCUGGGGAUGGGCUGGUACAGGGGAUGGUGUGGCUGGGGAUGGGCUGGUACAGGGGAUGGUGUGGCUGGGGAUGGGCUGGUACAGGGGAUGGUAUGGCUGGGGAUGUGCUGGUACAGGGGAUGGUGUGGCUGGGGAUGGGCUGGUACAGGGGAUGGUGUGGCUGGGGAUGGGCUGGUACAGGGGAUGGUGUGGCUGGGGAUGGGCUGGUACAGGGGAUGGUGUGGCUGGGGAUGGGCUGGUACAGGGGAUGGUGUGGCUGGGGAUGGGCUGGUUCAGGGGAUGGUGUGGCUGGGGAUGGGCUGGUACAGGGGAUGGUGUGGCUGGGGAUGGGCUGGUACAGGGGAUGGUGUGGCUGGGGAUGGGCUGGUACAGGGGAUGGUGUGGCUGGGGAUGGGCUGGUACGGGCCGUGCUCUUAGCCCCAACCUCUCUGUGCCCCGAGCUCCUGGGCCUGCACUCGCGGCCACCAUCCCUACCUAUCAACCCCCAUGCCCAUCUCCUCCACCAUACCAUCUCUUUUUUCACCCCCCAUCGUUUUUCCCCUCCUGCCACGUCAUCCCCCUUGCAGGCUGCAUUGCUGACAGAGGCUCGCUUCAUGCCAGGCUGUCACAUGGGCGGCGCUGUGCUGGCCUACUGCCACCUCACCCUUCAUGA